AUGAAAUCAGAUCCGAGUAAAAGAAAUCUAGAACCUUUCUGUGAAUUUCACGAAGGACAUGGUCAUAAAAUCGAGGAUUGCCAUGCAUUGCGAUUGGCAGUCGCCGAACUCUUAGAGCAAGGGCACUUGACGGAGUUGCUUUCGGAGAAAGGGAAACAAGCAUAUUAUCGGAACAGGGAGCAAGGAGCGCCACCACCACUUCCCGAGCCAAAGCGAGUAGUUAAUUUUAUUACAGGUGGUGUAAAUAUCAACAUCACAGGAGGGCUGGACGUCAACAAAUUCACUUACACUUCAGGCAUAAAGUUCAAAAGAGUAACAACCAGAAGUGAAAAAAGGGAUAGGCUGGCUCUCGUUGAGGAUUGUAUCACCUUCGAUGAAGCCGACGCCGAUAAUACACAAUUUUCGCAUAAUGAUGGGUUAGUAAUUACUUUGCGCAUCUUAGAUACUGAUAUUAAGCGUGUUUUUGUUGAUCAGGGAAGUGCUGCCAACAUCAUAAAUAUCAGGGUCAUAGAGGAGAUGAAAUUGACGAGCAAAAUAAUCCAUAAAUCCAUCAUGCUCACUGGGUUCAAUAAUUCAACAGAAAGAACUCUGGGUGAAAUCAUUUUACCAGUAGUAGCAGGUGGAGUGGAGCUACAAACUGCUUUUUCAAUCAUGUCCUCUGCAAUGGCUUACAACAUGAUAGUUAGACGUCCUUGGAUUCACGCCAUGAAAGCCGUGCCAUCAACAUAUCACCAAGUGAUCAAAUUCCCAACGCCGUAG